AUGGCGCUGGAAGUUCUGCUGAGCGGCGCAGCCUGCCUCCCAGCAGCCUUGCGAGCCAGGCAGCUGGACACAUUCGAUCAGUUUGGUUCUGGUGAUUGCUUGCGAUCUGCAAGCUGGUGGCUGUGCCUGCUGGGGGUUUCGACGAAUUACUUCAUGCAUGGCUUCAUCUGGAACUACUCCAAGCGCUUCGCGGCCCUUUGCGAGAAGCCGCCUUUGAAGCUGCUGGGUUCUCAUCCAGUGGAUGUCUUUGCUUCCCUAGAGGUGGUCGCCAAACUCGUCCAAGCCUGCUCCGUUGGCACGUUACUCGGCCAGAGUGGCCGGAGUGCGGCUUUGGAGGCUGCCAGGACAGCACCUGCCUGGUGCUGGGCAGUUUUCGCUGGGCUUCUGGCGGCCGGGCAGGCACUUAACGCGGCUACGUACAAUGCCAUCGGCAAUGCUGGGGUUUACUACGGCUUCAAGUUAGGGAGGACGGUGCCCUGGUGCUCUGGCUUUCCCUUCAACACAGGCCUGCGACACCCACAGUGUCUCCGCCGCGGUUGA